GACUCAUGUGUUUGAUUUAUAGAAAGUUUGAGGUUAUGUUUAUAUUUUCCUGUUUUCUGUUUAACUUUUUAAUUUGAAUAUGAACAUUUAUUAAAUGAAAAUAUGUUUGAAGAAUUAACCAUUUGGGCAGGUCGCUGCGCUAACGACAUUGUCACACCGAUCAUUUAAAGUAUCUGUUAUUAACUCUGCAAAUAUGGAUAAUCCCGAGUUAGAAGACAUAGCUGUAUUUUGCUUCCUAUGUAAAAAGGGUAACAUCUCCUUGGUUGAUAUUCGCUAUAAAACCGACCGUAAUAGUGUAAAGGAAAACCUGAUGGAGUUGUACGGAGAUGCUGUGGAGACCUACUUGGGGUGUGUCGACUUGGUAUGCUGGAAUUGUGCGCACAUUGUUGAGAGUAUGGCAUUUUUGAAAAGGCAUCUCUACGAAGUUAUCGUCGAUCACCACGUUAGUGUACAGGUACACGAUAAACCGGGAACACGAGUGUUUGACGUAUCGAGCACAUGGUCGUACUUAAAUUUCGAUAAUCCGCCCGACUCUGCUGCAUCGCCUAAUGAUCUGUUAAUGGUGACCGGCUCAAUACCGUACGUGGAAAGGUGCGACAACUUUGAGACCAAUUUCCACCGAUACAGAUACGACACACCCGCCUUAGAUCGUGAAGUACAACGUGUUACAUCUAGAAGCCGGUCUCGACGGAAAGGCCAUAACUGGACCCGUAAAAAAGGCAGCCAAAACAGACACAACUCGCUUCAUUCACGAACAUUGAGCCGCUAUUCUUACACGAGCAGAGGUAGUAAAACAAGUAGGGUUACCGCGGUUAGUGGUACUUCUCGAACAAGCGCAAGCAGCAGAAAGAAACAUUUACAAGAUUCCCUAAAGAAAUAUUUGGGAAGCGCCGUUGGUGACCUUUUCUAUCGUAAUGCUUCAUUAAGUAGGUUCUCUCGCGAGUAUUUAAAGAAAAACUAUCUAAAGGAGAGUGCAGACCUUUACGAACUAGACGAUAUAGUGCCGGAAAAUAGUUUGUCCAUAAGAACGAGGUUUGCUACGAAAAUACGCAAUGAGUUAAUGUUUGAAUAUAACCAGCUAAUAUACGAGUGUCCACACAGUGAGUGCGGUUUUACUGAAUUUAAUAUCGAAAAAUUGACUACCCAUAGAGUGGAGGUGCAUAAGGAAAUGGCAAUGUUUUUAUGCGAACAGUGCAAUUUUUAUUACAUAUCUCAGAAGGACUUGGAUAAGCACAUAGACGUACACUUUAAAACUUUCCUGGCCUACUGCAUAUACUGUUGGGCGGAAUACAGAAACAAACGCUCAUACGAGGCACAUUUGAAUGAGCACCUACUGUACUCCUAUCCCUGUAGUUAUUGUGAUAAAUUUUUUCUUUCAAAGAAGCAAAAGGAAAUUCACGUAAAGGUGGACCAUUCGGAUCCGGACAAGCGUGUUCGAAAACCUAAACGGCAGUUAAUAUUAGAUAGAAUAGAUAAAGUUAUAGAAACAGAAAGUGAUUGUGAACAAAGAGAAAGUACAAAUCAAUCUUCCGAAUUUGUUGUUAAAAUAUUGUGCCAACAUGGUAACGAAGAGGAAGCGAGGGCAGUUGAGGACAAUUUCGAAGAAACUGACAUGGUGAUAGAUACCUCAUUAAACUUAGAAACAGAGACAAUCAAUUUUGAUGACAUUAUGUCAUAACAGUGUCUUUAUUCGGAUUGCCUAGUUUUUGCCUAUUAUUUUAUAUUUAUGUAAAAAUCGAGCAGGUUUUGUAAAGAUUAUAUCAUGUACUGAUAAUUUUUCCAAAUGUAUCUCAUUUCUUUUAAGUUUUUUAAGACCUUUACAAAAACAAUUAUUUUUAUGCCAAAGUAUUAUAAUAAUAGUUGUAUUUUAUCCAAUGUUGGGAGCCGAAUUGUUUAUUGUAAAUUACUGUAUCUAUACUGUACAUUCAAGUUUUAAAA